UUAUGGUCACUCGGUUUAAUUUAAUAGCCAGUGAACGUUCAGCUGCACAAGUGAGCGAUCAAAUAUUUAAUACUGCAAUUCAUAUCCAAAUUGUCAUAUUUAUGAUAGCCAUUAUCGUGUACGUUUCGUUUAUAGAAGAACAACGAAUAAAGAUAAUAUCAUAUCUACGAUCAUACAGAAUUUCAAAUUUACAUAUAGACUUCAAAAAACAAAUCAAAAUGUUUAUGAAUCAAAUGUCAGUUCCUGGAUUGGACCAAGUUACGGCUUUUGGAUUUUUCGAUGUUAAUUUAAAUCUCGUUAUGUCGGUAAGUACUUUUCGACUGUGUUCAUUUUUCUUUUAAUAAUAAUAUUGUACAUAUUAUCAUAUGUUUAUUUUACCUAUUAUUCUUUACAGAUACAAUAUAGGUGGUCAUUUAUUUUAGAUUUUUGGGUGUUAUUCUAUUUGUCUUUUUUGCUUACUUAUAAUUAUACAGAAUACCUAAAUUGCUAAAUAAAUAAUUUUUUCAUUAUAGAUUAUUGUAUUAAUUAUAACUGGAAUAACGACUCUAGUACAGAUGAAACAUGAUCCAAUUAUAAUGAAAUUGUACAAUGACACUUAUCAUGACUUGACAGUAUAACUAAAAAUAUGAUUUGAUUUGUAUUAUUUAUGUUA